AAUUCAAGGCAUGAAAAAUACUGUUCCCAAGAAUGAUAAAAAGAGACGAAAACAGCUGGCUGAUGAAGUUGCCAAAUUAGAGACAGAACUUGAACAGAAGCACAAGGAGGAAUUAAAACAGCUGAAGGAAGCUUCACCUGAGCAGAAUAAGACAGAUUCCAUAGUUGAUGGGGUUGCAAAUUUAGAGCUUGCACGAGUAGAGCAACAGAUUCAGCAUCCUCGAAUAUCAAAAGCACAGAAGAGGCGGGAAAAAAAAGCUGCCUUGGAGAAAGAAAGAGAAGAAAGGAUAGCUGAAGCUGAGAUAGAAAAUUUAACCGGUGCUAGACAUCUUGAAAGUCAGAAACUUGCCUCUCUGUUAGCAGCGAGGCACUUGGAGAUUAAACAGAUCCCUUCCGAUGGCCACUGCAUGUACAGAGCUAUCGAGGAUCAGCUCAAGGAUCACCAAAAUUCCUGGACUGUUGCCACUCUGAGGAACCAAACAGCAAAGUAUAUGCAAAGUCAUGUGGAUGACUUCCUGCCAUUUCUUACAAACCCUAGUACUGGAGAUAUGUAUAGCAAAGAGGAAUUUGAAAAAUAUUGUGAUGAUAUAGCAAAUACAGCUUCAUGGGGUGGUCAGCUGGAACUAAGGGCUUUGUCACACAUUUUGCGAGCACCUAUUGAAGUGGUGCAAAUGGAUUCCGCUCCUAUUAUCGUUGGUGAAGAGUAUUCAGGCAAACCAAUAGUACUUGUGUAUAUGAGACAUGCCUAUGGAUUAGGAGAACAUUACAAUUCUGUAAAGCUUCUAACGGAUGCCACUACGGAAAACGGCAGCUAG